AAAAAAACAGACGCAAAGCCCAAGAGAAAACAACUGAAAAAAGAACUGUAUAUAUAUUAAAACUUCAUAAGUAAAUUCCGACUUUUAUAUUCGUCUCUAGUGUUUAGUUGAGGACGUAAUUGUUUUGUUUAAGCUUCCAAGGUUAUUAGAUGGUUUAUUAAUCAAUUGUUGGUUUAAACUUCUGUUAAAACUUUAUUGGGAUAACAUUUCGCAUUAACAUUAAGUUUUGCGUUUAGCCGAAUCGGCAAAAUUUUCCAGAUUUCGCAGGAAUUUUUGUUUCGUGGUAAGAUUUUUCGCGGAUUUCUGAUUUAUAGAAAACUCGUAAAUUAAAAAUUUUGUGUAAUUGACUAAAAUAAGAAAGUAAAUAUAAAAAAACUAGAAAAAGAAGAAAGAGUUACUGUUAUUUGAAUAGAAAAUAUUAUCUUUUUUUUUUUUGGAAGUUGCUAUGUUAUAACAGUUUAAUAUAUUCUAAAGUAUCUUCGAAGUGAUUUACUUGUUUUACCGCCGUAAAUAAGUUGCAUAGGCAAAAAGGUACCACUGAAAGUUAUAACAAAAAUCUUGUACUUCUCAACUUUUGUAACAAUGUCGUACAAAUACUAAUACUUAAUUUCUUCGAAUGCGCCAUCUGGUAUUUCUUAUUUGAAUCUUGUUGCUUUCCCUUUAGCGAAACAAAUCCGAUGAAAAUAGGCUUCGAGCCUAGUGGGAAGAUUCUAUGUCGAUUUCUCCAACUAAUCCGGGGUAGCGAGCCAUUAUUGCUUUUGCGGUAUUUACAGCAGUGCCUCUAGGAAUCUCGCAUACGUGGUUACCUAUAGCUGUCAAGUACUUUUGAACCAUGCCAUCUAAUGGUCCCAUAAGGAGUGGUUUACUUGUUACGGUACUUUUUCGAUCCGGGUUGAUAUAGAUUUCCCCUUUCUUUUGGGUUCUGCAAUUUCAGAUUCGUACUUCUUUUGAAAGACUCCAACUGUACUUUCGUUCAUUUUCGAAUAUUGUGCAUUAAUUGUGCAUUGUGCAUCAUUUUGGCUAGAGUAUUUUCCAAUUUUGAAACCAUCUUUUGGUGUACUCUACACGUAACAGAUUGUCGUGUGUGACGUCCUUUACAACAAGAAAUCGAACGUUUUAUAGUUUUUUUUCUUCUUACUGAGAGUUUUGAAAGUAGAAAUUUUCAAAGUAAGCAUGGAAAAAGCAAACUUACUGAAUUUACAGCGAGAUUAGGGAUACCUCCAUUAUUGUAGAAUAAGAACCCCGAAGGACGAAGAAGUGUUGCAAUGUUCAUAUGAAUUUUGCAAUGUAUUCAAUAUAUUUGUCAAAGAGACAUGCAAGGUUUGUAGAACCAUUGUUGGUCACUCGUCACGUGAACUCUCGAGGUCUACAAAGUUUCUUCUAGAUCGAGGAGUUAAAAUUACUUCAAAACUCAUCACAACACAGAAGGUCUUCUUUUUUUCAAGGUGGUCUAGAAAUUGCAUGUAAAGUCUCACUCACCUUAGCUGGAACUGUAAGAAAUCACUCAUUGACUGGUAUCUAGAAAUCGUUAAACCAACUAUACAGAGUCAAUAAACAAAAUAAUAUUGGGUUUUUUCUUAUGGCCAAACGAAUCUGCUUCUCGCAAGAUGCAAUCGCCAGGAGAUCGGAUUGUUGAGGAUUAACACGUUAUUUGUAUUUCCAUCUGUAGUUACUGUUUUAUUCAGACAUAAAAAAGGCAUACGAGAAGUUUAAUAAAGCAUGAUCUUGUCAUACUUUUAAUUCUUUAAUGAAAAAGGUACUCAUUGCACGUAUCGCCCCUGCAAAUAUUUUAUUAGACUGUUUGAUCGAAUCACAAAGAGGUUACCUUUUGUCAUCAGUUAAGCAGGGUCCUUUGCAUGAGUAAUUUAAAACUAAAGUUUGAAAAAUUUUUCAUUAUCGAGAUCCUUGGUGUUUAAGGAGGUAGGUGUAUUGAUACUGUCUGUUUCCUGUUUUGGGAAGAACCUGAACUAAAACCAGAGUCUGGUUGUGAAAGCUGAACCACCAUAAAUAAUAACAGGUUCAUCACAGUACUCAACUAUCAAUUUUUCAGACCCACAUAACUCACCUCUACCCCUUUCGAGUUUUCCCACAUGUCGUUAGCUAUUAAUGUAGGUUUUUCUGGGCCAACGUCCUCUACAUUUUAUCGAGUCAUCAUUACGUCAUCAUUAUCGUGCUAAUUGGGUUUAUCAGAAUUAUAGUCGUUUUUGUUACAUGUCAUACUGAUUUUGUAUUCCUUCAGGGAAUUUAUAAGCUGCUCCUUAAACUCUGGAUUCUGUUUAAACUUCUUGUCUGCUGCCUCGCUCGCCGUUAUUGAUUUCCUUCUGUUUUGGAUUUCUUUUCUUUUCAACUCAGCGUUCGGGCUGGCAAAGUGAUAUUAUAUGAGCCAAGUAAACCAACCUAAUCAACCCCUCCGUCUUGAUAAAACGAGCCAGCUCUCCCAGCCAGUUGUCUCGCCACGUACAACGUCAAAUAUUUUUUAGUAUCUAUCUGCCAUUAUAAUGCAUAUGGCGAGCUAUAACCGAGUCAACCUGCCAACCGAGUCAAUAAUCAGACUCCUAGUUGACUAGCUAGCGUUUAUCGCGGCAAUUUAGUCGAAGUUGUCAACACAACCAUAGAGCUAUUUAACUACUUGCAAUUAUUUACCCACACAGUACACACAGGUAUUGGGAAUGGUAGCCCUAGUCCGGUUAUGGUAGGGAUUCGUAGCGUUAAAAAGCCCAAGAAAUAAAUGCUGAAUUAAUACUGGCUUCACGUUUAUUAUGGGUGGAGAACAACAGAGUUUGUCUGUUACAGACACAUGAAAGUAGCGUAUUAGUAUUAUAAGACUAGUUGUUUGAACGCGUAUUUAUAUAUAAAGCUAAAAAUAAAACUAACGAAAUAGGUAACAACGUUAAAAAUUGUUAUUGUUCGUAGAUUUUCCCGUACAUUAAUACAUUACAAAACAACCACACACCCUUAAAACCCAUAACAGUGAAUUUAAAUUAGCAUACAAUUUCCAUCUGAUCAGCUUUGUUUUAUCACAUGAUUUGUUCUCACCUAUUAAAAAAGCUAAUAACACGCAAAGGAGUAAAAAGACAGGAAACAAACUAUAAAAGUUAAUUCACCAUAAGUGUUACAUAAUAAAUUUAGUUCGUGGAGAAUGUUUCUUUUGAGAAUUUAGUUUAUGAAGUAUAUACAAAACGUUUGUAUGGAUAUGGUUAAUAGACGUCGCUGCAUAAAAUUGUAAACAAUAAAAUAUUGUCAUGUCACAGAGAGAUGAAAUUAGCGUAUUGAUGGUUAUUUUUAAUCAUGAAUUUGCUGCAGCUGUAACCCUUGCUUCUACUUUGCAAUUAUUUUUUCUAACCUUGUUCAAUUUUGUUUUCACAUUAGUAAAAUUGUUUUAUACAGUGGAAGCUCGCUCGCUCAGCGGACCCGUUUGUCAGACUUUGUCCGCUUUAGAGAGGUGUCUGCCUUUGAAAGAUUUUGCUUAUUUUGGCAAAAAGCGUGCGAAAAAAUUCUUACCCUCCGCUCUCCAUCCCCCCUCAUUAGACAUGCCCAUACUACACAAGGAAACGUUUUUGAAAGACCAUUUGGCUCGAAUUUAUUUUAUGUAGUAAAACGAAAGUAUCGUGAACAAGUGCUUGGACAAAAAGAAAAACAAUAAAAUAUUGAUUUUUGAUACUUUGGUCACAAUUUUUCUUUGUUCGUUUUAUAGAAGUCUUAAAUAUUAUUAUAAUUUUCGGGGGUAAAUUAUGAUAAAAUUACUAAUUUGUGUUCCAGUGACUAAUGUUUCCGUCCGGUCAAAAGUUUUCCCCGACUAAUAAUUUUCUCCGAACUUUAACCCGACUAUAGAUUUUCCAAAAACUUUAUCACUGGCCUCUUUUAAAUAAAUUGUUUCACUUUUGUUCCUAUUUUCAAAUACAGUAGACGUCCGUUAAUUCGAAUGCCACUUAAUUCGGACUUUCCGUUAUUUCGAACAAAUUGCCAAUUCCCUUGAAUUUGCUUUAAUAAAGUCUUAUGUUUUGAGCUGCUUAAUUCGAACUCCGCUAAUUCGAACAUUUCGCUAAUUCGAACAAUUUUUUGGUCCCAAGACUACGUUAUGCUCGUUAAUUCGAACUUUUGUGUAUCGAUAAAUAAAGUCUAAUGGGGAAAUAAAAAAAAAACGCUUUUAUUUUUAUUCAUUUUUAUUACAUCAAUGGUGGCAAAAUUUCUUUUAAUUUAUUAAUAAAAUUGGGAUUUCCAAUAAAAUGAAAUCUACAAGGAAUAUAGAGGCCUUGCCCAUCGCCAAGCAAACAACGUUGAAAGUUUUUUUUUUAAAAAGUUGUAGUAAAGUUGUAACAAAGUUAUAUUAGCAUAACCCCUUUAAACGUUCAUUAAAAUUCUUGUUUUUUCUGAACUUCCGAUAAUCCGAACAUUCUUUAAUUCGAACAAAUAAUUUAGUCCCUUGCGUGUUCUAAUUAACGGACUUCUACUGUAUAAUCAUUAAUAGCCGACCAUACGAUAGAGAAAUCGUUUAUAGACAGUACAUGGUCACACUUUGAGAUGAGAUAGCUGUUCUUUGACGAGAUCGAACGUGUUUACAUGUUAGAAAUGCCCAAAUGUUCGAAGAUUCAAUUCGAAGUUGCAUCGAUCACACGUAAAUAUGUAAACAGUACAAUAAUAAUAGAUUCUUUAUCAAUUUUUUCCUUUAAAUGAAAAUGCUACUAAGUUUAUAUUAAAGGGAAUUAAGCCUCAAACUUAAAUAGCAUUAUUUCGGUUAACAUUAUGUUCAUUUCUCAAAUUCUGUUUAAAAUUUUGAAUAAUAAAUAUUAUUUGGAUUGAUUUUAAUAUAAAAGGUUCCCCUUCUAUGAGCGAACGCUAAGCACCAUUUAAAUUUUCUAUCGUGACGUAUCUUACGCUGCUGCGAGUUAUGGAAAACUGAAUACUCCAAACCAGAACUUGAAAAAGUGACUUAUGAAUCUAGUGAUAGAGAAGAAAAAGACAAAUUGAAUUCAAGCAAAAAAAUUUGCAUUGGUGUACCUGUACAAGUUGCGUUAUUUUCAAUUCCUUCACUCUUGUGAAAUGCAAGUCUUGCCAAGAAUUCUCCAUUUUAUUGAAUGACAAGUUGAAUAAUAACAAGUGCAUCACGAUGCAUAAGGAUUUUGAAAUUUUAUGUUUAAACCGCACAGUGUUAGAGACAGCCAGCAUACGACAUCGACGAUACUAGAAAAAUAUAACAAACUCUCCACAUUUACUAAUAAGUACGUUUUUCUUCAAAAAAUAUGUUUCUCGUAUAUAUUUUCAAAGACCAUAUUUCUCAUAGUCACACCAAAAUAAAACAUUCUUCGUAUCUUCUUAUCUUUUCACUUUUCGCUUUAUAAUCUUACAGGUCCAUGCGCUAUGAAAAUACACAACAUCGCAGAUUAUUAAUUAAAUUAAAAAUAAUUUCAUUCCUUGGAUAUCAAAUAAAAAAGGAGAAGAGCCCAUGUGCCUCAAAUAACAAUUUGUUUCAAAGACGUUUUGACGAAUGAAUAAUUUCAAUAAUUUUAUCCUGCUUUACACUAUAACUUAAACUUUGAUUCCUUGUACGGACAUGAGGUACACCAGUUACUGACAGUACAUGGCCUGGGUACAUUAUUUUGAAAGGCUUGGAAAAUGAUGUCGCGUAGUGAUUCUAGCUUGUGUUGUGCAAAAAAUAAGGGAAAUAUCUUAUAAUCCAAAUGGAAAGUAUACUGGUUUCAAAGAAUUUGUUGAAAUAUAACGGAACUUAACAUUUUCAAACAAACAAUAACAACGAAAAAGCGAAAUAAAGUACAACGGAUCAGAGUUAUUUUUUUUUUUGAAUCGUUACGUUAGUUCACAUUGUGUAAACAACUUUUAAAAAAGACAAUAAUGAAGAGAUCAAAAAAUUGAAAUGAGCCUAAAAUACGUCGUAGAUCUCCAUUGCAGAUAUUGUUUUGAUUUUAACAUGGCGAUUACUGUUGUCAACUUUUAUGCUAGAAAAGGGAUGUAAAUUCAAAGAAUUUCAAUUUUUUUUAUAUACCAUCAAAAUAUGUAGGGUUUGUAAAAGAUAUUUCCAAAGAAAAAAAAUUUCGGCUUAAUUCCCCUUUAGUAACCAUUUAGGUACAUAAUCCGAAAAUACUUAUAGCAGCGAGAAAUUGUGUAUUUGUAAGUGCCGGUGGCUAAUUUUUCAAUGUAAAUAUUUAUAAAUUAAAUUCUUCUUUAUAGAGCCUCUGUGUUUUUCGGCGGAAGCAUAUUAGAUAAGCCUCGUUUUCGUUUGCAUAGUGAGAAGAACGAAACUAGUCGCACGCGAAAGGAAGCUCUGAAAUUCUAAAAACAAUGUUACACUGGUACUUUGAAUUUAAUAAUUUUUAACCUAGAAUUCGUUAAUAAUAUUAUGUAUGUAAAGUAACUUUCUGUUUUUAGAAGACACUACCUGAUCAAACUUUUAUUGGGGGGACAAAAGGCGUGUCCUGGUUUAUUUAUAUAGUCUUCUUUAAAGAACUGGGGACAAGUUUAUUUCCUUUUGUUCAAAGUUACAUAACUUAUUUUCAACAAGAAAGUGUCAUGCAAUGACUUGUUUUGACAAACAAAAUAGAAUUAUUACCAGUAGAGCUUUCUAAUUUGAGUAUUAAAGAUGUGGCAAAAAAGAGUACGUACAGUGAUUAAUUGUCGAUGUUGUGUGGUGUGUUUGGCUCUUUUAUUGAUUUGUCUUGGUGUUACUGCCUUGCUUUGGUUCCAUACAUUAUACAAAAAUAUUUUGACAAAGAAACUGACCAUGACCCCUGGUAAUGAUGCGUAUGAUAAUUGGUUAAACCCGCCAAAUGGAGUCUACAUGAAGUAUUAUUUCUUUAACUAUACAAAUGUCGAAGAAAUUAAAGCAGGAGCAAAACCUUUGGUAAAACAGAUCGGUCCUUAUACGUACAAAGGUAUAGUAAAAAAUACAGUGGUAGCUUCUGAUCAGUUUCAUAUAACUUACAAAGAAAAAUUGACAUAUUACUUUCAUGAUGGCAUGUCAUGUGUCAAUUGUAGCAAGGAUGAUGUCAUUGUUACACCAAGUUCUACUGCUGCGACACUGCUAGAUAGCUUAUACAAAUUGCAUAUUGGAAAAAAUUCGUCAUAUUUCCAGCGGUUUGCACUUAAAGCCUUGAAUAUUAUAUUCAAAACCCACAAUGUUCACUUGUUUCAACCACUCACAGUUGAUGAGAUUCUAUGGGGGUAUAACGACACCUUCUUGGAAUAUUUGCAGCAAGAAGAAGAAAAAUACGGAUGGAUUUUAAAAGCAUUGGGUUGGAAUCUUCCACCAAUUCCAACGACGUUUAUUGCUUUGCAAUACAAUGCAAGCAAACUUUCUUCAUUUGUGGGGAAUCAAACAUUGUUAACUGGACAGCAAAACAUAAACACAGUGCAAAAAAUAAUCCGCUGGAGAGGUUUAAGACAAGUUGACUUUUGGAAUGAUGAGUAUGGAAAUAUGAUUAAUGGAACAGAUGCUUCUCGAUUUCAUCCGUUUAUAAAAAAAUCAGAUAAGCUGUACAUGUUUCUCACUUAUUACUGCAGGUCCUUGUAUAUCACAUACGAUGCUGAGCAAACCAUAAAAGGAAUAAAGUUGUAUGGUUUUCAUCUGACAGAAGAGAUACUUGCGAAUAGUUCGAUCAACCCAAGUAAUAAAGCUUUUUGUGAUGAGAGGUGCUGGCCAUCUGGACUUAUACAUAUUGCUAAAUGUUUGCCAGGACACCCUCCAGUAUUUUUAUCUCUGCCACAUUUUUAUCUUGGAGACCAACAUUUGAUCGACGCUAUCGAUGGUAUUCAUCCAGAAAAAGAUCUCCAUGAAACUAUUAUCGCUGUGGAGCCAGUCACUGGACUUUCCAUGAAUUCACAUCAGCGAUUACAACUUAAUUUUUUUGUUCAACCAGUCCCUUUUCUUGACAUGGUAUCAGGUCUUCAUGAGGAAAUAUUUUUACCAGUUUUGUAUUUGGAUUCAGCUUCAGUGAUUGAUGACAAGAACGCUAAAUUAAUACGUGAUGAAGUGCUCUUGCCGAUGAAAAUAGUUUACUACUCGAAGUAUGUUUUGAUGGGUAUUGGAAGCAUAAUAUUAAUUUUAACUCUUACAUCAUGUGUGAUAAAGAGGAACAAAAAAGUUGGUAAAUUUUCCAAGUUAUAACGCAGACCGCCCUGAGAUUUCAAAAAAAAAUUUGAUGGCGAAGAAACAGAACAAGGAUAUUUUUAUAUGAAAUUAAUGAAAUUAUUUAGUUAGAGUGACGAAAUUACAAAAUCAUUUACCUCAAAAUAAAAUCAUUUUGUAUAACUACGACUUCUUAUUCAGUACCAGUCCUCGCUACAAUAAAGCGCAAUAACAUUCUAUAUAUCACCACCUGAGCCGAAUUUUUCAAUUACGGAUUAACUGGUCUCUUUUCAGCGUAAAGUAUUUUGAAAAAUCGUGUAGUCUUAAAUUAGCAAAGUAUCUUUUUAAUUUUAAUAAUGUGUUAUAGUAGUUUAUAGAAUCUUGUUAUUUGGUUUUCUUACACUUGUUCGUUUAUGAAGGAGUAGUGAACUUGUUUUGUCGUUUUUUUACUUUUUGUUUUUCGUUUAAAAAGAAGCUAUUUUUCGUUCGGAAUUUUAGAAGCUAGUAAUUUUUUGCUUUAUAGAUAUAUACAUAUCAACUUUUUGACAAUUGUUUUUAAAUAUAAAAAGUAAAAAAAAAAAUUAUUUUCUAUGUAAGUUGCAUAUUUAAAACAUGGUAGAUCCUGCAUUUUGUAAUCUGCCAAACAAGAUAUUGCUUGUCACUGCAUCGGAAUGAAAGAUUUUUAUGAGGGUUAAAGAAUGGUAUGAGAAAAAAUAGCCUAUCACUUGUCUUUGAGACAAGUGCUAAAGCCGUAAAGGUUGUCUUGCUAUGUGUUGUUUGAAUAAGUAUGUAGAACGAAUUAUUUUAUAUGUAUUUUUUAUUAUUAUUUCGUUAAUUUAUAGUGUCAAAUUUUUCUGAUUUUAAUAAAUUUUCCCUGUCAUUGCAAUUACAACAUUAUGCUCAUGUGAUUA